UUGCAUGGGCCUCUCUCCCUUAGAGAGUUGAGAUCCCAAUCCAAUACUCUAAACUUCAAACUCGGGCCGUGGGCUGUGGCCCAGUCACACCUCCGAGUCAUGGCAUUAUCCAUUUCUACCGCGUUCGUCUUCUUCUCCCUCUUCGUCUUAACAACAGUCAACGCCGCUUUCGACACCUGUUCUUCUUCCUCUUCCCCGUCGGCCGACUCGGAGCUUUCUGUUUUCCACAUCUACGGCAAGUGCUCGCCUUUCUCCUCACCCAAGCGCGAGUCAUGGAUCGACACGGUCAUCAACAUGGCUUCCAAGGACCCGGAGCGCGUCGCCUACCUGUCCAGUCUGGUGGCGCAGAGGGCGACAUCGGUUCCCGUUGCUUCGGGCCAGCAAAUGUUCAACAUUGGAAACUACGUCGUCCGAGCCAAGAUCGGCACCCCGGGUCAGCUCAUGUUCAUGGUCAUGGACACCAGCAAUGAUGCCGCAUGGGUCCCAUGUUCCGGCUGCACCGGCUGCUCCUCCUCCACCGUCUUCACUCCCAACACAUCUUCCACGUAUGGAUCCAUGGACUGCAAGCUGCCGCAAUGUGCUCAGGUCCGAGGCCUCUCUUGUCCGACCGCCGUUGCCAGCCCAUGCCUCUUUAACCAGUCCUACGGCGGGGACUCCUCCUUCUCGGCUACUCUCUCGCAAGACUCGGUUAGGUUAGCGCUCGACGUUUUGCCCAAUUACGCAUUCGGAUGCAUCAACGCCGUCUCCGGCGGGUCAGUCCCACCUCAAGGGUUACUUGGCCUGGGGCGUGGGUCAAUGUCUUUGCUCUCGCAAGCCGGCUCACUGUACUCGGGCGUCUUCUCCUACUGUUUACCGAGUUUCAAGUCUUACUAUUUCACCGGUUCGUUGAAACUCGGACCAGUGGGUCAGCCCAGGAGCAUCAGGACCACGCCUCUCCUACGUAACCCGCACAGGCCGUCUCUAUACUAUGUCAACCUCACCGGUAUCAGCGUGGGUAGGGUUCUGGUCCCGGUGGCACCGGAACUACUAGCGUUCGAUCCAAACACCGGGGCUGGAACCGUAAUCGACUCGGGUACGGUCAUAACUCGGUUCGUUCAGCCCGUCUAUACAGCAGUUCGGGAUGAGUUCCGUAAACAAAUAAACGCGCCCAUAUCCUCGUUGGGAGCUUUCGAUACUUGUUUUACGACGACAUACGUAGCUCAAACGCCGGCCGUGACGUUCCAUUUCACGGAGAUGGACUUGACACUGCCGACGGAGAACACAUUAAUACACAGCAGCGUCGGGUCGCUGGCGUGUCUGGCCAUGGCAGCAGCACCCAGCAAUGUGAACUCAGUGUUGAACGUCAUAGCAAACCUGCAGCAACAGAACCUUAGAAUCCUGUUCGAUAUCCCCAAUUCUCGGUUGGGAAUUGCUCGUGAGCUCUGUAACUAGUCUUCUCUUCUGUUUCUUUUUCUUCGUUUCAAGGGGUUGUGCUUGUUUAGUUUUUAUCUUUUCUAUCUUAUUUCUGGUAUCUCCUAUGAGGAUUGAGGAAAGAGAUAUUUCCAUUUUGGUUAAAAAAAAUUAAAAGUAUAUAUAUAAUAUACAGGGGUGGUGUCAAAGUGGAAUCAUAAACUUGGUAGCAUAAGGGGUUUUAUUAAUGGAUGGGUUUUGAUUGGUCAAAAUUCUUUUCAUACCAUAUCUUUCUCCCAUCACGGAUUUAUCCGUAGGUAAAUGAGUAAAUGCAUACCUUUAGAUGAGCUGACUACGUUGACUGGCUCACAAAACGUGUCUGAGAUAUUGGACACUUGUUUCACGAUGCCUCGAACACAUCUGAUGUACAUGGUUCUUUUCUAGGCCCCAUUCUAGUUUUUUCCCUUUUCUUUAAAGCCACACAGCCACAACAUUGCUACGUGGUGUUUCUGUGGCUGCCAUUUGUUCUUCUCACCCUAAUGCUCUCUCUGCCAAGCUGUCAUGUCUGAUAGAGAGACUAGGAGGGUGUUUUGAAAUGUGGGUGUUUAUUCAAUAAACUCUGUUAUAUAUGUGUCACUUCAGCA